AUGUCGCACGCGAAGUCUACUGAUGCUCCCUCAUGGCGUCUGGAGCUGCGCUCCGGCGGUCCGGCCGACUGGAUCGCACUCUCUAGCUUUUCUAACAACCUCGACACGGCGAUCCACGGGUGGCCAGGCGCGGAGAACCACCAUUCCGACGACUGCUGCCGGUGGCUCGGGGUUCGUUGCCGCCGGCUCGGAGCACACGGCGGUGAGCUCCGGGUGGCCAGCCUAGACCUCGCCGGCCGGGGCCUCACCGGCGCCCUGCCAAGCGCGCUGGCUCGCCUGGACGAGCUGCGCGUUCUCAACCUCUCCGGGAACCCGCUCCAUCGAGCCGUCCCGCCAGAGCUUAUUCAUAUGCCGCGCCUGGAGGUGCUGGACCAGAGCCAGAACCACCUCACCGGCGAGCUCGGCGGCGCGGAGCCGGCGCCGCCGGGUGCCUCCGGGCUCGUGCACCUCGACAUCUCCUCCAACAGGCUAACAAGCCUGCGGGCCGGCGUGUUUCUCGGGCUUCCACGGCUGCGGAGGUUCUCCGCCGAGUCGAACCAGCUAACUGGAGUCCUGCCCGGCUCAUUGUCGUCGUGCUCGGAGCUCGAGUACCUGAACAUGGCGAACAACUCCCUCCACGGCAACCUUGGUUCUUCGAAUCCGAACUUCUCGCGCCUGACGAGGCUCCGCGCCCUCCACCUCGGCUGGAACCGGCUGAGCGGCCACCUCCCGGCAAGCCUCUCGCGCUGCCGGGACCUCAGGGUGGUCAACCUUCACCCCAACAACCUCCCCGGGCCUGUCCCGUCAGAUUUCCGGCGCCUGCAGGCGCUGUCCUUCUUCGACAUCGGCAUCAACCGCAUCACCGGCAUAGCGCCGGCGCUCCGGGCGCUCCAGGAGUGCCGUGCCCUCGCCGUCCUCGUCCUCACCACCAACUUCCAAGGCGAGGAGUUGCCCGGUGCCGGCGCCAUCCGCGGGUUCCCAAGCCUGCGGCUGCUCGGCAUCGCCAACUGCGCGCUCCGCGGCGCCGUGCCGCCGUGGCUGCGCGCCAGCGCCCGCCUGGGCGUGCUGGACCUGUCGUGGAACCGGCUGGCCGGCCAGCUCCAGCCGUGGCUCGGAGGCUUCGACUGGCUCUACCGGAUGGACCUCUCGAACAACGCGCUCGCCGGCGAGAUCCCGCCCGCCCUGGCACGUCUGAGAUCGCUCGACGGCAGCGCCCCGGUCGCGCAGGUGUCCAUGUCCGAGUACGGCGUGCGGCUGUACAACUGGCACGUCGAACGGGGCCAGCUCUGGUACAACAGCAACAUCCCGCCGUCGCUGCAACUGAGCCGGAACGGCCUGGCCGGCGCGAUCCCGCCGGAGCUCGGCGACCUCCGGGCACUCAACCUGCUCAACCUGAGCUGGAACGCGCUGUCCGGGCCGAUCCCGGCCACGCUCGCGACCCUGAGCGCCCUGCAGACGCUCGACCUGUCGCACAACGAGCUCGCCGGGGAGAUACCGGCGUCACUCGAGGGGCUGACCUUCCUGUCGUGCUUCGAUGUCUCCCACAACCGGCUGCGCGGCAUGGUCCCCGCCGCUGCCCAGUUCUCCACGUUCCCGUGCUCCAGCUUCGCCGACAACCCUGGCCUCAACGCCGAGUACUAUGACGGCAACCGCCUGGGCAAAGCGCCGGAGACCGAUGGGAAGUAUGGGCUCACCGUUGUAAGCGAGAUUUUUGGGCUGCCGUUCUGGCUCGGGAUGAUCUUCGACCUCUAUGCCACCAUGUUUGUUCAUUUGGUUGUGCUAGGGUGUACGAAAGAACAGCACAAAACAACAACCUUCGAGCACGUCACGGGAAGCUCCGCCAAGGGGAUCGAAGGUGAUCAAGAUUAA